CAACCCCCUGCCAUGGGCAGGGACACCUCCCACUGGAUCAGGGGCUCCAAGCCCCAUCCAACCUGGCCUUGAACCCCUCCAGGGAUGGGGCAGCCACCACUGCUCUGGGCAACCUGGGCCAGGGCCUCCCCACCCUCAUGGUGAAGAAUUUCUUCCUAAUGUCUCGUCUAAAUCUUCUCCCUUCCAAUUUAAAACCAUUCCCCCUCGUCCUGUCACUCCAGGCCCAUGGGAAAAAGCCCCUCCCCAGCUUUUCUGGAGCCCUUUUCAGCACUGGAAACUGCUCUGAGGUCUCCCUGCAGCCUUCUCUUCUCCAGGCUGAACAACCCCAGCUCUCAGCCUGUCAUCACAGAAAAGGUGCUCUAGCCCUUGGGUCAUCUCUGUGGCCUCCUCUGGACUCAUUGCAACAGCUCCAUCUCCUUAUGCUGGGGAUUCCAGCACUGGACUCAGGGCUCCAGGUGGGUCUCACAAGAGAGGAGGGGCACAAUCCCCUCCCUCCCUGCUGGUCCCAUUGCUCUGGAUGAGCCCAGGACAUGUUUGGUUUCUGGGCUGUGAGCAUGCGUUGCUGGCUCAUGUUGAGCUUCUCCUCCCCCAGCUCCCCAAGUCCUUCUCCUCAGGGCUGCUGUCAAUCACAUCGUCUCCCACCCUGUAUUGAAAGUGAGGAUUGCCCUGAUCCGGGUGUAGGACCUUGCACUCGACCUUGUUGACUCUCAUGAGGUUCAACAGUGAAGUCCCUCACUGGUUUUGUUCUUACCAAUCAUAUUCCUGUACAGAGUUAGGUGGGAAAUUCAACCUCCCACCCACUGUUUACCUUCCCGAAACAGUUCUGGAUGGAGGUGACUGUGGGCUCUUGGCCCGUGUAGCUGCAUGACCAAGAGCAAACACUGUGGUUUGGUAUCUUGUAGCGACUUGUGUUCAUUUCCUGCUCACUGAGGCAUCGGGGAAUCACUGUGCAAACCAGUUCCUUCACCGGGUUGCGCCUGCUUUGGUUUUUGACAGCAGGGUAGGCUCUGCUGGCAGCAAGCUUUCAGUGUAGUUAAGCAAACUGACCUGAAAAGUAGAGCAGCUGCAUUCUGCCAGAAGCUUGGAAUUUCCUUCAGGAUUGCCUGUUAUCGGCUGCUGGAACUAGGACAUGCGCGGGUAGGGUUUUUUAUUGAUGAUUAAAUAAAGACAUCGCUGUUUCGGAGCUUCUUUGAAUAGCAUUGGCUGCCGUGAGGAUCUAAAGACAUCAGUGAGGCUGGGGCAGGUUACCUGAAGGCACUGGGGCUGGGAGCUGGCUUUGUUUUCCUAUUUAGCAAAGUUUCUCUGUGUAAUUGCUCCGCUUGCAAAACACAAACACUUUUGCUAAGGUAGGUGCAAGCCUUGGACAGAAGCUGCCAUGCUUACAGCUACGCUCUCUUGGCACUUGGGAGUGAUUAAAUGGGUUGUGCUGCGACUGAUGACUCGGCAGCUGUGUUGCAAAGGGAAGGAGAAGUGCAGAAAGGCUCGGCUCUGCCCCGGCGAGUCCUUGAGUGCACGUCGGGCAGGGCAGGAGCUGCGAAGGAAGGUUAUUGCAGCAAGCAGCAGGAAUGCGGCCCUGCCGGCCAGGCCUCCAAAUGGCUCUGGGGCUGAGCUGAAAUCGAGCGCAUAGACUGAUGCGCGUCACCUCAGCCGCCUGGUGCUUCUCUGCCCUCUGGUUUGGCGCUGGUUCCUGCUCGGAUCUGGGGAUACCUUUCUGCAUAUUCCUGUGGCUUUUUACCCUUCGCAGAGCUUUCUUGCCGGACGAAGUCAUUAAAAUGAACGAUGAGCGCCUCGCAGCUGCCCUCUUGCCGCGAUACGCACGGCCCGCAGCCUGCUGAAAUAGACCGACGGUUGGAAAAGAAGCUGAAGAUCACGCAGAAGGAAAGCAGUAGAAAGUCAAAAUCUCCUCCCAAAGUGCCGAUAGUGAUUCAGGACGACAGCCUUCCUGCAGGUCCACCCCCGCAGAUCCGCAUCCUGAAGAGGCCGACGACCAACGGUGUGCUGAGCAAUCCCAACUCUGCCAGCAGACCGGCCUUCCCCGUGAAAUCCCUGGCGCAGAGGGAGGCGGAGUACGCAGAAGCCAGGAAACGAAUAUUGGGCAGCGCGAGCCCUGAAGAAGAACAGGAGAAACCCAUUCUAGAUAGGCCGACGAGGAUCUCCCAGCCAGAAGACAUCAGGCAGCCCAAUAAUGUGAUCAGGCAACCGCUGGGUCCCGAUGGCUCACAAGGCUUCAAACAACGCAGAUAAACGCGGGCGAGUGAUGCUGCUGCGGAAGGCAGGGUC